GGCAGCGGAGCUGGGGGGGCCGCGGCGGCCGUGCCAGCGAGCGCCCGCGAGCGGGCUCUGCCGCGAGGAUCUCGGGCUGCUUCCCGUCUGCGGUAGCGCUUUGCGCUCGUCAGUUUAACUUUUGUGGAAUCAGGUAGUAUUGCCCUGUGUGCAGAUGCCGUGUUUACGCAUUCUUGAGUUAUUGAGCAUGGGGGCUGUUUGCGGGACUUCGCUAUUAUGAAUUGUACGUCUAUAAACACGGGCUGGAGGUACUCUGCCAGGGUUUAAGACUUUAAAUGGGAAAAAAGGGUAGUUUUUACGAGAAAAUGAGAAUGAAAAAAUCGUCUGUUUUUCAAAAGGGAGACCAUAUUGAAUUUACAUGUUUGAAGACGACAUCAACCUGUCUACAGUUACCCGCAGUUUCUAUGUUCUGUGAUCAUCCGUGAGAUUCCCAGGAACUUCUUAUGUAACAAACGAAAUGAGCCCAGGGCGUGGAAAAUAUGACUUUUACAUUGGUUUAGGAUUGGCUAUGACCUCCAGCAUUUUCAUUGGAGGGAGUUUCAUCUUGAAGAAGAAAGGCCUUCUGCGACUCGCCCGGAAAGGCUCCAUGAGAGCAGGUCAAGGAGGCCAUGCAUAUCUCAAAGAAUGGUUGUGGUGGGCUGGACUGCUGUCAAUGGGAGCCGGUGAGGUGGCCAACUUUGCGGCUUACGCCUUCGCCCCAGCCACACUGGUGACACCCCUGGGAGCCCUUAGCGUCCUUGUAAGUGCCGUUCUUUCUUCAUACUUUCUGAAUGAAAGACUCAAUCUUCAUGGGAAACUUGGGUGUUUGCUCAGUAUUCUGGGAUCUACAGUGAUGGUCAUCCAUGCUCCAAAAGAGGAGGAGAUAGAGACCUUGAACGAAAUGUCUCAUAAACUAGGUGACCCAGGCUUUGUGGUCUUCGCAACACUCGUGGUCAUCGUGGCCUUGAUCCUCAUCUUCGUGGUGGGGCCUCGCCACGGGCAGAGCAGCAUCCUGGUGUACAUCACCAUCUGCUCCGUGAUUGGUGCCUUCUCGGUCUCCUGCGUGAAAGGCCUGGGCAUCGCCAUCAAGGAGCUGCUGGCGGGCAGGCCUGUGCUGCAGCACCCGCUGGCCUGGGUCCUGCUGCUGAGCCUGGUGGUCUGCGUGAGCACUCAGAUCAACUACCUGAACCGGGCGCUGGACAUAUUCAACACGUCCAUCGUGACUCCCAUCUACUACGUGUUCUUCACAACCUCAGUUUUAACCUGCUCAGCAAUUCUGUUCAAGGAGUGGCAGGAUAUGCCCGUGGAUGAUGUCAUCGGAACACUGAGUGGCUUCUUCACAAUCAUUGUGGGGAUAUUCUUGCUGCAUGCCUUUAAAGACGUCAGCUUUAGUCUAGCAAGUCUGCCCAUAUCUUUGCGAAAAGAUGAAAAAGCAGUGAAUGGCAAUCUAUCUAAUAUGUAUGAAGUUCUCAACAAUAACGAAGAAAGUUUGCCGUGUGGAGCUGAACAGCACCCUGGUGAAAAUAUCUCCCGGAGAAAUGGAAGCCUGACAGCUUUUUAAGGAAGAGGUGAUUGAAAGGUUAGUCUGUAGUUAGGCUGCAGCAGUGAUUUAAGUUCCAGAACGUGGCUGAAAAAGCAGUGUCCUCGGCGUUCUCUGAGACAAUCUUCUUUGAGGUUUCACCGAUGUGGACCAAGACGUUACUUUUCCUGUAUUUAAACAGUGGUAGCUUACUAAAAAGACCUUAGUACGUGGCCAGUUUCUAUUAACACCGUGUUACUGCAGAGGUAUUCUGCAUCUUGAUUCUUUCUCCAAAAUCUAAAUGCACUAGUGACAGUUUUACAAAUGCUUUAUUUUUUCAUUGGUGAUGAAGGUCUGAAACGCACAUUUGUCAUCCCCACUCCACACUCUUGAUUGUGAAAAUGAACAGAGUUACCCCAAUACACUAUCUUGUGGUUUACCUUAUCUGUAAAGUUGA